GCUACCACAUCCAUAGCCAGCAUCAAGUAAGAAACCACAAACACGGCACAAGCACACACGAUUCCUUCCGGUUGAGGUUAAAGUAGCUAGCGAGGCAGAAAGAGAGCGAGCGAUGGCCUCCGGUCAGCAGGAGAGGUCGCAGCUGGACCGCAAGGCCCGCGAGGGCGAGACCGUCGUCCCCGGCGGCACCGGCGGCACCAACCUCCAGGCGCAGGAGAACCUCGCCGAAGGGCGCAGCCGCGGCGGGCAGACGCGCAAGGAGCAGAUGGGGGAGGAAGGGUACCGCGAGAUGGGGCGCAAGGGCGGGCUGAGCACCAACGACGAGUCCGGCGGCGAGCGCGCCGCCAGGGAGGGUAUCGACAUCGACGAGUCCAAGUUCAAGACCAAGUCCUAGAUGAUCCGUUAGCGUAGCAAGCAAGACGACUCUCCUUAGUUGGUUGGUUUACCUUGCCGGAUGAAUAAUGUAGGUCAGGAAUCCUGACGUGCACGCAUGUAGGAGAUCAUACGUAGUAGUAGUAUGAUCAUGUGUGCUUGGUAGUACAUAGCUGGUAGUCCGUACUACGUACUGAUGGUCAGUCGAGUCAUGCGCCCGUGUCGGUCGGAAGUGUGGUUGUGGCUCCGGUGGCUGGUCCGGCCGCUCGUCCCAAACCAGCUUCCGCUGUAUCCUUGUAUUCUCAGUAAUGUAAGUCGUCGUUGCUGAAAUCUGAAGCUUUGUGGUUUGCUA